AUGGGCAACGGGACGGACAAACGAUACAAGGAAAAUGCACACAAAACGUCCAAAAAGGCCAUAAUUGAUUUUUCUAAUCUGUUUAAGCUUAAAAGCUCUUAUGACACUGCUCAAGCAAAAUCUGCCUUAGUUUUGCUGUUCAUGUCUCAAUAUCUCCUACCACUCUCUCUUACCGCCCAGUACCACCCACUCACCACCCCCUGA